AAAGCCUAGAAGAAAGAAUAACCCUCUCCAGAAGAAAACUGCCGACUGAAUUAGGAAACUAGCCCUUUUAAGUUUUACCCUUUUGAAUGUCAGUAAACCUGUUGACAACGCCCAUCGGUCUUCAGAGUGGUGAUAUGAGAAAGGUGUUCACGCCCUUGCAUCAGACAUGCACCCGUAACGGCACAGUAAAACGGCGACAUCCGCACGAACAAAGAUAACGCAGUCAUCGCACACUAGAGUGAAGCUGACCACUACUGCGCCUGGGAGCAACACGGCAUACAGCAGUGAGCCAGCAGUCGUCUAAUCAACUCCAACAUGUCCAGCAAGGCGUCAUCCCUCAAGACCCGGUCCGAAGCUUCGUGUGCCUCCUCUACAGGUUCUGCAGCAGCCAAAGCCAGAGCAAAAGCUGAGGCAGCCAAGGCACGGCUCAGCUUCGCAGCUAAAGAAAUGGAUUUGAAGGUAGAAAAAGCACAAAUAGAAGUAGCAAAAGCUAAAGUCGAGGCAUCCAUCGAAUAUUUACAGCAUGAAAAAGAUGUAGCUUCAGCCAUUGCUGAAGCAGAGUCAUUAGAAGCAGCUGCUGCCACACAGACAGAAACGCGCAGCAACAUCUGUCCCUCAGUAACAGCAGAACGAACUAAACAGUAUGUCAUUGGCCAAUCUACAUUUGUGAGAAAAGAAAAUGAUGCUGCUCUUCAACAAUCACAAAAUGAAAAUGUAACACAAAGUAAAUCAGAGCUCACCUGUGAUCAGCCACCAAGCCCUAAAAAGGAAAAUGACCCACAAAAAAUUCCAAUUGGUCUAACAGAUGAUCCUGACUGUUGCCAAAAAACUCCAGUCAUUUCCCCUUCUCCCCAUGAUAAUAAAAAUUACAGUACCAAUUGGUCAAAUCAGGUGUCAACAUCUAGCUUCCAUAAUGCUAGGCCUUUAUACAAAGAGCCUAGAGAAUCAAAUGUGAGUGACUUCAUCAGAUACUUUGCUCGUCGUGAAAUAGUGGCAACAGGGCUGCUCCAGUUUAAUGACAAGCCCCAAAACUUCAGAGCUUGGAAACGCUCAUUUGAAAAUGCUAUAAGCGGGUUAGAUCUAACGGCAAGUGAAGAAAUGGACUUGAUGUUAAAAUGGCUUUGCAAGGAAUCGGCUGAACAUGCAGAACAACUCAGAGCCAUACACAUCAACAACCCAGUCAAUGGCCUCAACAUGAUAUGGGACAGACUUGAACAAUGUUAUGGCUCAGCUGAAGUGAUCGAGGAUGCACUGUUUAAAAGAAUUGAUGCAUUCCCAAAAAUCUCAUCCAAAGACUUUGCAAAACUGAGAAAAUUUAGUGACCUGCUCAUGGAAGUGCAGUGCGCUAAAGCUGAAGGAGACCUCCCUGGUCUCGCGUUCCUAGAUACAGCAAGAGGAGUAAAUCCAAUCAUCCAAAAACUUCCCUUCUACCUGCAAGAAAGGUGGAUUACGGUAGGAGCCAACUACAAACGCACAAAAUGUGUCUCCUUCCCACCAUUUAGUGUUCUAGUAGACUUUGUUGCACAAGAAGCUGAUGCUAGAAACGACCCCAGCUUUAACCUCACACCAUCACCUGAUGCACCCAGACCAGACAAACUAUCUUGGAGGGCAAACAGACAAAAAGAGAUUUCUGUGCACAAAACUGAUGUCAUCUCUCGCACUAGUUCAGACACACAGAGGUUCCCAAACAAAACUGUACAUGGUGAAAAGAUUUGUCCAAUUCACAAGAAAGCCCAUCCUCUCGCAGUGUGCAGAGCAUUUCGCAUGAAAACACUGUUAGAUAGGAAAAUGUUCUUAAAAGAAAAUGACUUUUGCUUCAGGUGCUGUGCUUCAUCUUCACACAUAGCAAAGAACUGUAAAGCCAAGGUACAGUGUUCCGAGUGCAACGAUGAGAAGCACUGCACGGCUCUCCACCCAGGACCAGCUCCCUGGCUAAAAGAAACCGAACCAGCAGCAGAGCAUGGCGGGGAGCCUGACACCACUGAAUCAGAGGAGAUCACUUCUAAAUGCACUCAGGUUUGUGGUGUGAAUGAAGCAGGCACUUCAUGUUCUAAAAUCUGUCUCGUGAAUGUCUACCCAGCAGGCCACCCACAUCAAGCAGUAAGGCUUUAUGCCAUCCAUGAUGAACAAAGUAACAGAUCACUAGUACGUCCGGAGUUCUUCGAGUUGUUUAAUGACUGCGGCCCUAGUUCCCCUUACUCGCUUAAGACAUGUGCAGGUACCAAAGAGACAAUGGGUAGAAGAGCUACAGGUUAUGUAGUGGCAGCUUUAGAUGGUUCAGUCCACAUCUCACUGCCUAGCCUAAUUGAGUGCAAAAAUAUCCCAAAUGACAGAGACGAGAUCCCCACACCCAGUGCAGCUAGACACCACAGCCAUCUAAAGUCAGUGGCUCACCUCAUUCCUGCCUUGGACUCUAACGCCCCAUACUAA